CUCGCUUUGCUAUUUUCUUUGACAAUGCCCCUCUUGCAGAAGCGUCGAGGACUACUCCGCCAUGUACAUUGCGAUUAGCACGCGCCCCGCAGAUGCGCGAGACCCGAGCUUUAUGACCUCACUCCAGCCCCAUCAUCACCACGGCAUCAGCCACCACAACCACACCAGGACAUUAUUGCCAACGUCGACUCCCACAGCAUCGACUGCCGCGCAGACAUUCCAGAAGAAGCUUUGCGUUUUUGAGGCGACGCACCAUCGAGCAGCAGUCGCGAAAUGGCGACCGACUUCAGUGAAGGGCGCCUGGAGACGUUCGUCGGGAGCCCGCAGAAGGAACUGGCAGGCACACAGACGGCCUACGUCUCGUAUCUGGUAACCACAAAGUCCGACUUCCAGUCGUUCCAAAAGUCCGAGUUCACCGUCCGCCGCCGCUUUACAGACUUUGUCUUCCUCUGGAAGCAGCUCUCGAAAGAAUACCCACAAUGCGCCGUCCCACCACUACCCGACAAGCACAAGAUGGAGUACGUGCGAGGAGACCGCUUUGGCCCGGACUUCACCCAACGGCGCGCGCAUUCGCUGCACCGCUUUCUCAAGCGCAUCGCGCUGCAUCCCGUGCUGCGGAGAGCAAUGUUGUACAUCAACUUUUUGGAGAGCCCGGACUGGAACCAGCACAUGAAGGGUAGGACAUCGCGGGCGGCAAGCGGCUCGGACCAGGGCGGAGGCAUUGUCGACGCCAUCACAGACACACUCGUAAACACGUGGUCCAAGGUGCACAAGCCGGACAAGCGCUUCAUCGAGGUCAGCGAGCGGGCGCACAAGCUCUCCGAGGACCUGACCAGCGUCGAGAAGGUUACCAUCCGUGUGGCCAGGAGACAAGGCGACCUCGAAGUCGACUAUGCCGACCUAGCCACCCAAUGCCAGAAGCUGACGACACUCGAGCCUGCCGUCGAAAGCACCCUGACCUCGUUUGCUGCCUCUGUCAUCACAACUUCGCAAGGCUUCAAGUCCAUCCGAGAGCACACGGACCAAAACUACAUUACCAGCCUGCGCGACAUGGACGCCUACAUCCUCGCCAUCAAGACCCUCCUCCGCAACCGCGAGGCCAAACAACUCGACUUCGAAGGCCUGAGCGAGUAUCUUGCCAAGUCCGCCGCAGACCGCGACUCGCUCGCCAGCUCCCACGGCUCAGGCAUGGGCGCAUCCGGUUUUCUACGCUCCAAAGUCGAAGACCUACGAGGCAUCGAUCACGAGCAGUCCCGCCGGCAGCGCGUUCGCAAGCUCGAGGUCGAAAUCGAGCGUCUGACGGGCGAGGUCGAGACGGCGAAGAAAGCGACCGAGGCCUUUGACGAACACACUGUCAAGGAGGUGGCCGACUUUGAGCGCAUCAAGGCCGUCGAGUUCAAGGACACAUUAGGAGAUUUGGCGGAUGCACAUGUGGAUUUCUUCGAUGGCACGAUUGAGACGUGGGAGAAGUUCCUCGAGGAUAUGCGCAAGGAGGAGGAUGAGAGGAAGGCAGACGCUGCGUCGUCGUAGAGCGGGGGCUGGCAUGUGCCUACUCCAGAGACGAUACAGGAAGCGGCGCGACAGGCGAAUGUGCAGAGAGCCGCGAGCUUGGUGUUUGCAGGGUUUGGGUUUGACUUAUUGAGUAGGCUCCGGUCUUGAGGGGGUGGGGAUGGGGAUGAGGAUAGGAAUAGACAGGGCGGUGAAUGUAUUGACACUGGAUCUUGGAGUCAUCAGCACUUCAUGUUUAUUAU